ACCAGUGCAGCUGGAGAGGAAGUGGUUUGUCUCAGCAGCAGGGCAGCGUGGAGCAGAUCUCCCUGCACUGCUCUGAGGGCACUCUGGACUGGCUCUACCCCAAAGGGGCCCUGCGCCUCACCCUCUCGCCCCGCCUGGCCUCGGCGGCGGUGGGGCCCGGCGGCAGCAGCAGCUCGGGCCUCAUCACCGCCUGCGUCAAGCCGUCCGACCAGUUCAACGGGGCGCAGCUGUACCUGGAGCGAGACGGGCUCCUGGAGCUCCUGGUCGGGGACAGAAUUGAGUCGUCCCCGCCUCCGAGGGUGCGCUGCUUCAGCCGGCUGCCCGGRGAGAGGCUGGCCCUGUUCCUGCAGGCGACGCCCCAUCAGGACAUCAGCAGGAGGAUUGCAUCCUUUCGCUACGAACUGAGAGGAGACCGGACCGCCCGCAUGUCUCUGGACUCCAACUCCAUCAACAGUGAAGAUGCCUGCAGACCCUGCAAUGACACAGAGAUUCUGAUGGCUGUUUGCACCAGUGACUUUGUGGUGCGAGGUAACAUCCGGUCGGUGGAGGAAGAUGAGAAUUUACGGGCAGCGGUGAUCAAGGUCAGCACCACCCGUGUGUUCCGGCAGAAGUACGCACUGUUCACCGGCAGCAGCCGCCUGGCCAGCCGGGGCGAGAUACGGACUCUGCUUCAGUGCGGCGUCAAACCAGGACCCGGGAGCUUCCUGUUCACCGGCCGGGUUCACUUUGGGGAGGCCUGGCUCGGCUGCGCUCCCCGCUACAAGGACUUCCAGAGGACUUACGCUCAGGCCAAAGCGGCCCGACAGAUACCCUGUGAACUGCCUGUGGACUGAAAAACUCUGCAGGAGCUCGUCUGCCAAUGCAGAAAGAAAGAAAUGGUGCUAAAAUGGCCCAGUUCAGAAAGAGGCCACAGUACGGCCACUGUAGUCCCAGAACUACCAACGGAUCUUCCCUGAAGGGCUGAGGACUGAAAUGAACACCCGUUUCAGUGCAACCAUCAGUCACAUGGUCUGAAAUGGUGGAGUUACGACUCGUUGAUUGAAAAAAAAAACCUGGCAUUGAACAAUGAUGCCACAGCCAGUCAGCGUWAAUUUAUUGAAAACUUUCUAUUGGUGUUCAGUCAGGUUAUUUAUUCACAUCCUUUGAGAAUCCUUGGUUUGAAACUCAGGAAAAUAAUGAGAAGUUCCUCUACUGUGGUUCUGGAGGAUCCUCUUUAGGGCAGGUGUUGCUGUGGUCUAGGAUUUCCAAACUUGUUUUUGCUUCCUCCACAGUAUUUUUCCUCUGAUCGUGUGUAAUUAUAUGGGACGAUGACGUUCGACUGAUGUCCCUCGACAUGCUGGGGGUUGUCUUCAGUGAAAACUGUUUGCACUCAUAGAGGAAAAGGAAAUGGUCUAGAGAAUGAAAUGCUGCAAGCAUUGAAAACCAAAAAAUAAAAAUAAAAAUAAAUAUUAAAAAA